GUGUCAGCGACAGUUCGAGAUCGCGGAGGUCAGUGCGGUGGUCGGGGACUAGUUCACUGAGCUGCCGAGAGCCAGAUACGGUGGUGACCUCACCUCAACGGACAACGUCACAACCCUGGUAUCCCCCCAACGGUAAAACAAGAUGCCGACUGAGUUCGAGAAAGACUGCUUGGCGGCUCACAACGACUACCGAGCCAAACACGGGGUCUCACCACUCAAACUCAGCAAAUCGCUGACCAAGCAUGCGCAGAAGUGGGCCGAACAUCUGGUGAAAUGCAGCUCGUUCCAGCACAGCGGUAACCAUGACUACGGAGAGAACAUCGGCAUGAAGUGGAGCUCCAACAACGAAGCUGUAUCAGGCGCCUCCAUCGCUGAGAUGUGGUACAGCGAGAUUGAGAAAUACGACUUCAGGAAGGGCGGGCAUCAGCCGGGAACAGGUCACUUCACCCAGGUGGUGUGGAAGGGGAGUCAGGAGUUCGGGGUUGGAGUGGCGACCGACGGGAGAGGGAAAACCAUCGUGGUGGGGAACUACUACCCGCCCGGGAACAUGCUGGGGGACUUCGACGAUAACGUGCUACCUCCGGGAUCGCCUCCCAAAGGAGGGCGAGGUCCGUCGCCUAGCAACCGCUGGGACGAUAAACCGCCAAAGGGCAACUUCCGGCCAAUACCUACGUCACGUCCGUCCAGGAGGAGCCCCUCCCCGGAACACACGUGUAGCAAAGUUGAUACAGGUGAUUUUGCGGAAGACUGUCUCUCCGCCCAGAACGACUACCGACAGAAACACGGAGCCCCGCCCCUCAAGAUCAGUGCCAAAUUAUGCAAGCAUGCGCAGCAGUGGGCCGACCGCCUGGUUAAGUCCAACACGCUGCAGCACAGCGGUAACCAUGACUACGGGGAGAACAUCGGGAUGAAGUGGAGCUCCGAUAACAAACCUGUCUCAGGUGCCUCCAUCGCCGACAUGUGGUACAGUGAGAUUGAAAAGUACGACUUCAGGAAGGGUGGGCAUCAGCCGGGAACAGGUCACUUCACCCAGGUGGUGUGGAAGGGGAGUCAGGAGUUCGGGGUUGGAGUGGCGACCGACGGGAGAGGGAAAACCAUCGUGGUGGGGAACUACUACCCGCCCGGGAACAUGCUGGGGGACUUCGACGAAAACGUGCUACCUCCGGGUUCACCUGUCAAGGGAGGACAUUCCAAACCACGUGACCCGUCGCCUAGCAACCGCUGGGACAGCAAGCCGUCACGUCCUUCCAGGAGGAGCCCCUCCCCGGAGCAAAGCAGAGUUGAUACAGGUGAUUUUGCGGAAGACUGUCUCUCUGCCCAGAACGACUACCGACAGAAACACGGAGCCCCGCCCCUCAAGAUGAGUGCCAAAUUAUGCAAGCAUGCGCAGCAGUGGGCCGACCACCUGGUGAAGUCCAACACUCUACAGCACAGCGGUAACCAUGACUACGGGGAGAACAUCGGGAUGAAGUGGAGCUCCGAUAACAAACCUGUCUCAGGCGCCUCUAUCGCCGACAUGUGGUACAGUGAGAUUGAGAAGUACGACUUCAGGAAGGGUGGUCAUCAGCCAGGAACAGGUCACUUCACCCAGGUGGUGUGGAAGGAGAGUCAGGAGUUCGGGGUUGGAGUGGCGACCGACGGGAGAGGGAAAACCAUCGUGGUGGGGAACUACUACCCGCCCGGGAACAUGCUGGGGGACUUCGACGAUAACGUGCUACCUCCGGGUUCACCUGUCAAAGGGGGCCAUUCCAAACCACGUGACCCGUCGCCUAGCAACCGCUGGGACGACAAGCCGUCAGGAGGGAACUUCCGGCCAACACCUACGUCACGUCCGUCCAGGAGAAGCCCCUCCCCGGAACAAAGUAAAGGUGAUUUUGCAGAAGACUGUCUCUCCGCCCAGAACGACUACCGACAGAAACACGGAGCCCCGCCCCUCAAGAUGAGUGCCAAAUUAUGCAAGCAUGCGCAGCAGUGGGCCGACCGUCUGGUGAAGUCCAACACCCUGCAGCACAGCGGUAACCAUGACUACGGGGAGAACAUCGGGAUGAAGUGGAGCUCCGAUAACAAACCUGUCUCAGGUGCAAGGAACUUUUAUUGGCGACGCCUCAGAGGCGGAGGCAUUUUCUGA